AUGUCAAAAGCACUUGAUGCCGAACCUCUAAAGCUGCCCAUUAAACAAUUCACUUACGAUAACCACAAGGUGUUCUACUUUAUCAACCCCCAAGAUGAUAUAACACCGCAUUCUCUUUCUCGCUUCAUUCCGUGGACGGAGGAGUUUCCAAACUACGAACCAAAAGUUUUAGACGAUCCCGAGGGCUUAACACCAGACUGGAUGGCAGAAGAGAUGGAAGAGGGAAAUAUAAGAGGGCGAAAGUCAAUAGCAGUGCUGAAAAAUCCCACUGGAAGAACAGGCACUGCUGGACGAGGUCUUCUGCCCUCAUUUGGGCCCAACUCAGCUGUUGUUGUGGUGUUAGUUUUGGAAGAAAAAUCGACCAAUAAUGAAUUUGCUUCAACAAAAGAAGUGCUACGCAGAAUUCUGCUCAGGAGCUGCCCACGACGGAAAUACCAACUUCCUUGGUUUAUCUACAAGCAUACCGCCUUCUGCGAUAAGUUAGAAUGCCUCCACAGUCUGUUUCUUUCUUAUAUGCACUCGGUGGCUGGUGAAGCUUCUACAUUGGAUUCAAAUCAAUCUUUGAUUUAUCGUUUAAUUGUUGAAGAAGUUGACAAAUGCCCAAUUCGGUUGUGCCACUUAGGUGAGCUGGAGGAUUGGGUGAACUGUGACCACGCAUGGAUCGAUAUCACAGCUAUCUGUGUUCGAAUUACAUCGAACUUCCGUUUCUGGGAUAUUAUACCACUACUGUUUUCUACCACCUCUUCAAAAGCUGAUUGGUUUGAAGUUAGUAGAAUGCCACCAGUGAAAUCAAGUCACUUCAGCUGUUUGGCCUACUUCCUCGAAACAUACCUUCGGAAUCAGAGUCAAAUCAGUACUGACAAGCGACGCUCGUCCGAAACUUUUAGUAGCACUUAG